CCUCCCAUCUCGAGGAGGAUUGGUAAUCUGGUUUUCUUCUGUCGCCACAGCAACAACUACCUUCACUAAAUGACUGGAAUAAAACAUUAGAAUAUUAUAUUUUUUUUGUUUGUUUUUUUUCUCAACCUGAAGUAGACUCAUGUUUGACGAUCGUCGCUGUCAUUUUGAGUCCAAUGAAAAGAAAGUGAACUGCUUUAACAUCAUGCUGUCGUCUAAUGGAAUAACUCUUUAAAAAUAUUUAAACUUCUCAGGAAAGGAAAAUAAAGGCUGCGUUCUGAGUUCCCAGGCUAGUGUGGGAUGCUAACAAGCUGGUGGUACGUUGAGGCUAGAGGAGCAUGGUGAAACACCAACCCUUCCAGGUCUAUGAGAAGCAAGUGUUUGUGUCCCUCGUCACUGGCAUCUAUGGUUGCCGCUGGAAACGCUACCAACGCUCUCAAGACGACAGCUCCAGGUGGGAAUGUUCAUGGUUUGUGAUCCUGAGCACCUCCUUCCUUCUGCUUCUCUUUUGGGCCUACUUCUGGUUGGUGGCUCAGAAUGAUUUUAAUGAGUUCAACUGGUCAGUCUAUAACCGCUCCGGGGAAUGGAGGGACGAGACGGUCCCCAUUGUGGCAUCCACCAUUGUAGGAUUCAGCUAUAUUUCAGCUUUGAUGAUCUUGGCACUUUUCCACAUAUCCUUGGGUCAGCAGUUGAAUCUCUACUGGCUGCACAAGAUCGGAGUGCUGGCUACGCUGCUGACCACCAUCUCUGGGGUUGUCUCUGUUGAAGAUGUAUGGGGCGAGGAGUGGGGCGUCCUGCUGGUGUCGCUGCAGUUCACAGCACCGUUCCUGCAUAUCGGAGCACUAACGACGGUCACGGCUCUCAGUUGGCUGGUCGCUGGAUAUGUGGUCCGCAGGGAGAGAUCCAAUUUCCAAAUGAUGGUAUUGAUCAUCUACAUCAUCAUUCUCCUGGCCCUUUAUUUGGCACCGCUCACAUUCACCUGCUCCUGCAUCAUGGACCACCACGGCCUCAAACCUCGACCGGACGUUAUCGGAAGACGUGGAGCUCCAAUGCUGGCCCCAGAAAACACCAUGGUGUCCUUCAACAGAGCCCUCCUGCAUGGCGCCAGCUCCCUGGAGGCUGACGUCACUCUCAGCGUGGACGGGAUUCCUUUUCUCAUGCGAGAUCACACCUUGAGACGAACCACGGAAGUCGGGACGGUCUUUCCAGACAGGCAGCAUGACGACGCUUCGUCCUUCAACUGGACAGAGUUACGGUCCCUCAACGCGGGUCGGUGGUUUCUCGAGAGGGACCCCUACUGGACAGUCCGGACAUUGACCGGAAGGGAUCGGGGCAGAAUCGGCAACCAGACGGUUUGCAGUCUGUUGGAUAUGCUUCGCCUGGCGGUCCGAGCCAACAGUUCGGUUUUACUGAACAUCCGCCGACCCCCGCCGGGACACCCUCGGCACUGGAGCUGGUUCAUGGACACGAUGUGGGCCAUGCAGAAAGCAGGGAUUUCCCAUAAGAGGGUGACGUGGACCCCAGACACGGACCGGGGGCGGGUCAGGGGCUUUCAGCAGACCACAAACGAGAAGCUGUCGGUGUCGGAGAUCAAGCAGCGGGGCAUUAGCAGCUUGACCCUUCACUACAGCCAGGCCAGUCACAAAGAGAUACAGGAGUAUCUAGCCAACAAUGUGAGUGUGACGGUCUACCCGGUGAAUGAGCCGUGGCUGUACUCGCUCCUGUGGUGUAGCGGGGUGCCUUCCGUGUCCUCCGACGCCCCCCAAGUCCUCCGAAAGGUGCCUUACCCCAUCUGGCUCAUGAGCCACAAAGCUUACGGCUUCAUUUGGGUCACGUCUGAUCUCGUCUCGCUGGCUGUGGUGAUCGGAAUCUUCAGUUUUCAGAACUUUCAUAUGAUCAGGUGGAGGAUGAGCGGAAUUCACAACUGUAACCCGGAGCAGAUUAUGCUGAGCGCUGUGCCAAAUCGCUGCGGCGGUCGGGACGUAAACAUCAUGAAGGAGAAGCUCAUUGUCUCAGAACUCAACAACGGGCUGAGCAGCACAGAGGAGCUGUCGUUGUAUCCCGAGAACGCCGAUACGAGAUACUCUCAUGGAGGCCUCAGUCGCUGAGGGAAUAACGAUAUACAGCACAGCUGCUUUUAAUGACGAGCUCCUAGUGGCCAUGUUGUGUAGUACACACAGUACACGGUCUGCUAGUGAGUACUUUGCUGAUGUUUUGUUUUUAUUUUUCUUAUUUUCAUUCAUUUUUCUUUUUUUUUAGCGUACUCAAUGCUAAUGUAAAUGACUUCUUUUGCAUACUUUCCAUUCAGAAUGGCGAUAAAGAAUUGCAUUUGAAAUAAUAAAAAUAAUUCAUGAAAAGAGA